AUGUCUGAUACGCUAAAACUUGAAAUACCAAUUGAUGAUGAUCUACUACAUAAAUCGAAACCGAAAGGAAUCCGAUCAAUCGUUAGUACCUUUCUACCGUUGAACAAGGCAAAAACCACUUUGAAAAAAUCGGAUCCUAAUGAAAAGGAUAACCAGUCAGAGAAGGAACAAAUUAUUGUCAAUCGUUUUAUCACGAGUAAAUGCAUAGGUAACGGUGGAUUCGGCGAAGUUUAUCUAGCUAAAGAUACACAGCAAAAUGAUCUAUUAGUCGCAGUUAAAUUUGAACGUACGAAUACUCAGCGUCGACAACUACCCAUCGAAAAGUGUGUCUUCGAAAUUAUGCAUGACAGCAUCCACAUACCACGACUGUUCUAUUUUGGUACUCAUAAUGAGUACACGAUACUUGCAAUGGAUCUCUUAGGACCGUCAGUGGAAGAUCUGCUAAGUUUUACUGGACGCAAGUUUUCUUCGAAAACGGUUUGUAUGAUCAUGGAACAAGUUUUACGUGGAAUUGAAGCAUUGCAUAACCGUUCAAUAAUUCAUCGAGAUUUGAAACCGGAUAAUUUUCUAUUUGGUCUUGGAGCAAAAUCUCACCUUGUGCAUUUAAUUGAUUUCGGUCUUUGUAAGAACUAUCGUCAUCCAUUAACUUACGAACAUAAUUCCUAUCGAAUUGGUAAAACAUUAACAGGCACAGCACGUUACUGUUCACUGUACACUCAUCAUGGAAUUGAACAGUCGAGACGUGACGAUAUUCAAUGUUUAUCUUAUAUUAUGAUUUAUUUAGCAAAAGGUUUUUUACCUUGGAUGUCAAUCAAAAUGUCGCAUCGUAAAAAGCGCAAUGAAAAGUUGAUGGAAAUUAAAGAAAGCUUAACGGCAAACGAAUUAUGCGAAGAUUUACCAUAUGAAUUUGAAUUAUUCUAUAAAUAUUCGAGAACAUUGUCAUACACUCAGCGGCCUGACUAUGGAUAUCUAAGAAAUUUAUUCCUAGCAGUCAUCAAUCGUUUGAAUGAAACAUUUGAUUAUAUCUACGAUUGGCAUUUGAUUGUCGAAAAAGAUAAAACGCUUAAUUUGACGAAUGUGAUGAGAAUAAUAACUCAAAAAAUUUCUUCGAUGUCAUUCUUUCGGCAUAUCUCGAAUAGGCAAAGCAUGUCAAGCAAUGUUACUUCGGUCAAUGAAAGCGAUUUAAUCGAUCGAUGUAUGACAAUUUUAAAGCACGAUGGUGUCUUAGCGGUACCAACUGAUACGAUCUACGGUUUAGCUGCAUUAGUCAGCAGUGAAAAAGCUGUACGCCGCAUUUACGAAAUCAAAGGCCGAUUAUUUACAAAACCAUUGGCUAUCUCAGUUGGUAAUGUCGAAGAUCUAUUUACAUGGUCAAAGCCAACGUUGUCGAGCAAACAAUUAUCAGAUGGUAAUCUUCUUCCUGGUCCGGUGACAUUGAUGUUCGAACGUCAACUUGCAUUACCAUCGUAUUUCAAUCCCAAUGUAAAUAACGUCGCCAUUCGUAUUCCAAAUCAUCAGAUGAUGAUUGAAUUAGCGCGACGUUUAGAUGAACCGAUUGCAUUGACAAGUGCAAAUAUAUCCAACGGUCCAAGUUCAGUCUCAAUUGAUGAAUUUCAAUCAUUAUGGUCACAAGUAGAUUUAGUUAUUGAUGGAGGUGUACUAGCAUCAAAUGAUCGACGUGGAUCAACUAUUGUUGAUCUCUGUGAAAAAGGAUAUUUUCAUAUUCAACGUCAAGGAAUUAAUUGCGAAAGAAUUGUACGAUAUCUAAAGGAACAGUGUCAAUUGAAAGAAAAAUAA